GUGAUUUGUGGCUACCGAUCUACCUCUCAUAACCACCCAAAUCUACCACUGUGCGUGUCUCGCAAGUCACGCUUGUGCAAGCCGAAGUUUGGCCCGUUAACCCGGUUCUCUUGCCGUGGCCUACAGAUGCGUCACCUCGCUGCCUACCUUCUCCUCCAGAUCGGCGGUAACGCUAGCCCCUCCGCGGCGGAUGUCAAGAAGGUCCUCGGUGCUGUCGGCAUUGAGGCCGACGAUGAGCGCCUCGAGAAGCUCAUCUCUGAGCUCGACGGCAAGGAUGUCAGCGCGCUGAUCGCUGAGGGCUCCGCCAAGCUCGCUUCGGUCCCCUCUGGUGGUGCUGUUGCUGCGUCCUCUGGAGGUGCUGCUGCUAGUGGCGCCCCUGCUGCUGCUGCGGAAGAGAAGAAGGAGGAGAAGAAGGAGGAAGAGAAGGAGGAGUCCGACGACGACAUGGGCUUCGGUCUGUUCGACUAAACCAUGUAGCGUUAGCAAAAUUGUUCGUACCGUACAUCUCGCCGUGCCGGCGGCCGGGCAGCUAUGAUGACACGCUUGCACGACUUUUACUAUCCACGCCGCUCUGAUCUGAUUUGUCGGGCCACUGGGACGUGUCGGAUGAUAAAUACCACAACUUUGCUUGAUGCAUGUCAAUCAUGGAAUUGAACCGCCGGCUGCUUACACAAGCAUCAGCGCGAGGCACGCAGCUAUCCACGAUGCG